AAGGAAUAUUGCCUAUAAAUAUAUAUUUAUAAAACUGAAUUUUUAAAAAUAAUUUUUCAGAAGAAAUGUUUUCUAACAGCAGUUGGUAGGAAGAGUUUGCAGGCAACCCAUAAUCUUUCUUCUUCCCUGGCUAAGAUGCCCUGUACUCACAUCAAUCAUAUGUCUGAUGAGGACGUGAAGAGCUGGUUAAACUCCUUCGACACUGUGAUGACGGAUUGUGAUGGAGUUCUCUGGGUCGGAGCUGAGGCUAUACAAGGUUCACCUCAGGUUAUUAACAGGUUUCGCGAGCUGGGGAAAAGGGUUUUCUUUGUGACGAACAACAGCACAAAGCACAGGAGGGAGUACAAGCAGAAGGUGGAUACUCUGGGCUUUGGAGGGGAUCUGGAUGAGAUAAUUGGAACUGCAUACCUAGCAGCAUCAUACUUAGAGGAUUGUGGGUUCGACAAGACCAAGAAGGUUUAUGUGGUUGGGUCUGCUGGAAUAACGCAGGAACUAGAUGAUGUUGGCAUCCAAUAUCUUCCCAUAGGGGUGGAAGAACGGAUGAGCAUAACAACAGAUCUAAAUCUAUUAGGCGCUGAAGAUGCAGGACUUUAUUCGAAAGAUGUAAAUGCAGUAAUAAUCGGAUUCACUAGGAGUUUUUCUCUCCUGCACAUAAUAUAUGCAACUAAGUUCCUAACAAAUCCCAACUGCUUACUAAUUGCUGAUUCUCCUGACCCUACAUUCUCUAUGAGGGAUGAAAAUAAUGUAAAACAUCAAUGUCCAGGAACCGGUUCUAUGGUUGCAGCUGUUGAGACAGCAGCUGGUCGGAAACCAAUUAUCCUAGGGAAGCCCAAUCCCCUUAUGUUUGAGAUUGUACAGAAACGACAUCCAAGCGUUAAACCAGAGAGAACUCUGAUGAUUGGAGACAGGGCUGAUACUGAUAUUUUGCUCGGGAAAAACUGUGGACUUCAGACGCUAAUGGUUGGAACAGGUGUACACUCGCUAGAAAAGGUGAAAGAUUGGGAGACAAGUACUGAUUCAGAAGAGCAACGCCUUGUUCCAGAUAAAUUUGCUGAUAGACUAGGAGAUCUGUUAGAUAGGAUUAAAGAUCUUUAAUCCUCCUUUAUUUUGAUAAGAUUAAACAUCUUUAAUCCUGCCCUUGUUAGAUUGGAUUUAACAUCUUUAAUCCUGUUCUAGUUGGAUAGGAUUAAACAUCUUAAAUCCUGCUCUUUUUAGAUUAGAUUUUACAUCUUUAAUCCUGUUCUAGUUGGACAGGAUUAAACAUCUUUUAUCCUCCUUUAUUUUGGUAAGAUUAAACACCUUUAAUCUUGUCCUUGUUAGAUUGGUUUUAAUAUCUUUAAUCCUGUUCUAGUUGGAUAGGAUUAAACCUCUUUAAUCCUCCUUUAUUUUGGUAGGAUUAAACAUCUUAAAUCCUGCUCUUCUUAGAUUGGAUUUAACAUCUUUAAUCCUGUUCUAGUUGGAUAGGAUUAAACAUCUUUAACCCUACUCUAAUUAGAUUGGAUUAAGCAUCUUUAGUCCUGCUCUUGUCAGAUUGGAUUUAACAUCUUUAAUCCUGUUCUAGUUGGAUAGGAUUAAACAUCUGUAAUUCUAUUCUAGUUAGAUAGGAUUAAACAUUUUCAAUCCUGCUCUAGUUUAAUAGUGUUUAAAAAUAUUACUCCUGCUUGAUUGAAUAGGAUUAAACAUUUUUAAUCCUGCUUAGUUUGGAUAUGAUUUAACAUUCUUAGUUGUUUUAAGUUUAUUUACUUAAAGUUUUAUUAAAAAUGUUUAGUCUUACUAUAUGUAGAUUGUGAUAAUGUUUUUUUUCACCUGCAACGGAUUAAAUGUAGAGAAUUAAAUGUAAAGGAUUAAGCAUAUUUAAUCCCAUCUUUAAAAUUACAAUAUCAUCCAUAGAAGACAUGUAUCCAACAUUAUUAUUUGUUACCGCCUUGUUUGUCAGUUAAUGUUUAGGAAAGUUAUUAAAGGAACUGUAGCCGUAUUUUAAAAGAGUGGUCCGACUUACACAGAAACCUUUAUGGUGAGCUACACAAUAUACAAAACUAAAAAUUAUUAUCUUUGUCAGUGUCUCUGCUGCGUAAAAUCUGCAAGCCACUUUUAUAGCAGAACCAUAAUUUUGAUAUACCUUUUAGGUUGUGAAUUGGUGAUGGCAAUUAAAAUUACGUCAUCAAUCUCUCUAAGCUGACAUAAUCGUAGUACAUUUUUAUGUUUUGAUUUAACAUAUUUGUAAUAUGUAACAUAGACAAUUAAUUGUAUGUAAUUACUUGUAACCACCCGGUGACUUAUUAAUAUAUGUAUUCGACAGGGUUAAAUGUUUUGUUGUUAUUUAAAAGUUCAUGAAAAUUAUUAUUUUCAGAUAAAAAUGGGAAUUUUUCCAGAAUCACGUUCAAUCCUUUCUUCGGCUUUCUAGUUUAAACUCUAGACUUAGAUAUACAUAUUAUCUAUCUAUCUAGACUCCAUAACUGUUCAUUUCUUUUUUUAAAUUUGAUUUUUUUUUAUAUUCUAUCCAAUUGGCUUUAAUUUGUUUUGCGUUAUAGAUAAAAUGUUGUUUAAUAUGAUUAAAUUUCAAUGGUUUAUCUAUAGGCAUAUUAAGAGAAGGAGGGUGUGCAACCCUGCUUGGCCUCCGUGAAUAUUUUACACCUCCCGGGCCCUGUUUUAAUGUUUAUUAAUUGAUACAAAGAAAACAAUUUAAGCAUAAUUUUUUACAUUUUUAUUUAAGAGGAAUUGAGUUAUUCUGAUUUCUAAUCCAACCCAAUUUCGUAGUCCUUGGAUAUUACAAAUUACAAACUCUGCUAGAUCAAAUUAUCCUUGAAAUGUCAAAGCUUUACACCAUUAGAUUGCGAGGAUAAAAAAUUUUGAGUUUGUGUCAAAGACUCGAUCUUUUAAUUUAGAUUGCAUUAUCGUCAUUCUUCAAUUAGUAAUAAAAUUAUGAUUAUUUU